AUGAUUGCUAUGCGGCUUCUCAUGGCCUUUGUGUUUAAUGGAUACAGCGGAGAGACGCUGCCUUUUGCCUUUGCAACACCAGAAGGGACGACACAAUCUGCUGCUGCUGCCGCUGCUGCUGCUGGAGAUACCCCAUCUAUAUACGAGUCGAAUGCAAUUGCCCAGCGCGCGUUGAUGCUGCUGCAGGCGCUGCACCAGCAGCAGAAGCAGCAGCAGCAGUGUUGCACCGAGUUGCACCGACUGAGGGACCGCGGCCUAGCAACACGAAGGUAUCACGCCAGCAGCAGCAGUGGUAGCGACAUCAACAGCAGCAGCAGCAGCAGCAGCUGCAACAGCACGGACACCCGCAUACAGUUUCCGCCUUCUUUGGUUUCUCUGGUGUUGCCUUGGCAAGCAGCACCAGCUCCAGCAGCACAGGGUGCAGCAGCAGCAACAGCAACAGCAGCAGCAGCAACAGGAGCAGACGUGCCGUCUGCUGCAGUGAUUCUACAGUGCGAAGCAGCAUCCCUCCUAGAUAUCGGGUUCAGCUCGCGUUUGCUGCUGCGGCUACUGCAGUUUGCUGCUUCUCUCACGGACUUACGUGUUCUAGCCAAGAUAGACCUUGCUGCUGCUGCUGCGCCGAGCAAGCAUCAACAGCAGCAGCAACAACAGCUGACAGAUGAGCUUUCAGAGCUUGCACUGUACGUUCGGCUUCUGCGGUGGCUGCAGCAGCGCGUCUCGGCUGCUGCUGCUAGGCAGCAGCGGCCGGAACAGCAGCAGCAGGAGGAGCAGCAUCAGGCGGUGAUGCUGCUGGACUCGGACCCACUACAGCAGCAGCAGCAGCAGCAGCAGCUAUUUGCUGUCACGCAGAGGGACGCCGAGCUACCGUGGGGCCCGGAUGCGUCUGUGGAGACCGUCGUCAGGGAGACGCUGCUGAGCGGGCGGAUCAGCAAGGGUUUGGUGUGGCUGCAGCAGCGGCUGCAGCAGCAGCAGCAGAAGCAGCAGCAGCAGCAGGUUUCCGCAAUGGAUUUGCUGCAGCAAGUGGCUGACCGAAUGGCCUACAGACUCUUUUGCUGCCAGCAGGCGGAGCUCUUCUUCGUGGGGCUGCAGAUGCUGCGGCAGCUAGGGGCUGAUAUUCCUGGUUUUUGUUUGCGGGCGGCGCUGCUCACUACGCGGACGCCCGUACGCCGCCGUUUGCUGCGGCACCUCUAUCACCAGAAGCAGCUACAGCCGGCGCACAUGAGCCUCAUCCGCAUCAUGCAGGUACUCGAGUUGCUGUUCACAAACCCUUCCUAUGAGGCGGAGUUAGCUAGGCGGUGUACGUCCCUGGCCAUUGCAGCAGAAGCAGCAGCAGCAGCAGAUGAUUAUUCCGCAGCAGAAGGAGACGCGUCUUCUGUCUCGCUGCACGUCGCGGGGGGCACCAAAGACACCCCGACAGCCAGCACCAGCAGCAGCAGCAGCAGCAGCAAUGGACCUGUUGCUGCAGCUUCAGCUGCUGCAGAAGAGUGUUGGCCAGCAGACAGCAGCCGUGUUGCUGCAGCAGCCGAGCCCAUUCCUGCCUUUACGCCUGAGAGGCACCCCAAAGAAGCACUGAGGGCUUGGGCUCAUCUAAGAGCUGGGGAGGUGCCAGACCUCGCGGAGUGCUGCUUCUCUGGGGUUGCUACUGCUGCUGCUGCUGCUGCUGCUGCUCCCGAUGCCAACAGGCGCGACUGCAGCAGCAGCAACAAAGUUUCGCAGCAGCAACAGCAACAUCUGCUGCUGUCGCAGUGCGGUACAACAGACACUGCUCCGGUGUGCUUACACCGCGCGUGCGGUGUAUCCCUCGACGCCGAAGCAGAUCUGCUGCAGCUGCAGCAGGCAGCGGCUGCUGCAGCAGCAUCGCAGCAGCAGCAACAGCAGCAGCAUCAAGCUGCCACCCUCCAAGCGAACCUCCGGGGCUCUUGCUCGGAGUGCAGUCGCCUGCUGGCAGCAGAGAAGGAUUUGUUUGCUCUCUUUACGACCCUGCCGCCUGCGAACGACCCAGGAGCAGCAGCAGCAGCAGCAGCAGCAACGCACGCGUCUCUGGGGGGUUAUAUCAGUCUGUCUCUCCUCGAGCUGUCUCUCUUUAAGCCCUCCGAUAUCCUGCGGAUAUUUGUAGAGGAGAGACACGUAGCCCUCAUCCACAAACUCCGUUCUCCUAGCCGGCGCAGCAGCGGCAAACAACAGCAGCAACAGCAGCAGCAACAGCAGCAGCAGCAGGGUGUGCGCACACUGUGGGAGGUGGCUGCGGGCUGUCUCGACAUUGCUGAGGGCCCGAAAAGCUCUCUCGCGUGGAAAUGCAUUUUCUCUUUCUGUCUCCUUCACUUUGAUUGGAGGGGCAUCGCUCUGGCUGUCGCGGAGCUGCCUCUACACCCCAGCAUUGCAUGCGACCCGUGGGGACGCUUGAAGCUCGUGGGUUCUGCUGCUGCAAAAAGCAGCAGCAGCAGCAGCAGCAGUAAGAGGAAGCGGCUGCUGCUGCUGAACCGCAUUUUGUCUUUUUUGCAAAGACGCAGAGAGAGGGGAGAGUCUGUCUUCAUCGACGAGCUGCUGCUGCAGCAGUUGGCUCGCAGAGGCCUCUUUCUUGAGGCCGCUGGGGGAGAAACAGCAGCAGCAGAAGGAGCUGCAGCAGCAGAAGCAGCAGCAGGAACAGCAGCAGAGACCACAGCAGUAGAAGCACAUACGGAGCCUGAUGAUACAGCACUGGCGCUGCUGUUGCAACGGCUCGCAAAGGCUGGCUGCCUGUUCAAGAGGAAGCAGCAACAGCAGGAGAAAGAGCAACAGCAGCAGCAGAAGCAAGAGCAGCAGCAGCAACAGCAGCAGCAGAAGCAUAUGUGUUUGGCUACCGAUGAAAUGCUUCCUCAUUUCCAUCUCGCUGCCGACUUCGCAGCACAACAGCACUUGAAAGCAAAGAUCCGAGCUGACAGCAGCAGCAGCAGCAGCAGCAGAAGCUUGCCUCAAUGGGUCCCCGUGGCGCUGCUAGGCCGACUGGGGAAUCACGCGCUUGCUGCUGCAGGCAUGCAGCAAGCAGCGGCUCAUCUGUGCCCCGAAGGAGGACCCGCUGUCUGCUUGGACAGUGAGGGGACAGCCUUCCUGCCCCUGUCUGCUGUUGCGCGUUUGUCUCCGCCGAUGUUCGUUUGUCUCCUCGCAUUCAUCCCGCAGCCUUCUGUUGCUGAUGCUUCUGUUGCUGCUGCUGCUGCUGCUGCUGACAGUCAGAGACAGCUGGAGCUCUUCUCUGCCUCGCGCGAAGACCUGCGGUGA